UUUCGCUUUGUGUCUGCGACGGCCCAGAUAAAGUCAUUCGCUUUGGCCUCACUUUCUGGCGUCAUGGGUGCACAUCGAACAUUGUCAUGGUACGAGUAGUUGUCGCCGUAUGCCAGUCGCAGAUGCACUUGCGUCGACGGUUCAGCCGGGCCAACGCCUGAUCGUCACCAAGACACUAGACUGCCAAUCACUUCCCCCGGAAUUCUUUUUCGCCUCUGGAUCUUUGGGGCAAUUUCGUGUGGACGAUGCUUGGGAAAUAUUGAUCAUUGCAGCAUUUGACCCGCCUGUCUGUGGCCCUUGCAUGGGUGCAGCAGUCUCGACAAGGUCUUCGGAGAUGGCCAGUGGCACCGUUUGUUGAAUGCCCAAUGCCUGUUUCUUGCGACAGCGGUUGAAGGUGAUGCACUGCUUCGAGCUGAUAUCGGCUGGAGAGGAAUACUCGCAUUCCCAUCCGUGCAAUACCGUGAGCCGGCAGAUAAAUCCGGUCGGGCUUCGUCAUGCAACCACAUGUCGAUCGAACAUCGAAGAGCGGAUACUGAACUUUCGCCCUCGUGCCAAUGAGGGAAAUAUUUUCCGGCAAAUGUAGGUGUCUAGGCUCACUAGGCAUGAAUCAAAGGAGGAAAGAUUGGUGGUCGACAGACCCAGAUCACGGUCAGGUUCACUGUUGAUCAACGGAACGUCUAGGCCAUGUUUGACGUGCAAGCAAAGUUGUCAUUCUGGCUUCGCCGAAUAUUGACGCCGUCCUUUCAACACCAGCACGUGCGCUUGCGCUCAUUGAGUUCUUCUAUAUCACAAUAGAUCGUCCUCUCAACAGUUCGAGAUCCAGAACGGCCACCAUGAGCUUCAUCGCCGUCACUCGCUUUCAACCACAACUGUCGACUUUAUUUCAUAACUAAACAGGCCUCGUUCUGUGGCUACACAUAGUGUACAAGCUGUGCUACCUUAUACACCUUCGGCUAUCUGUGAGAAAAUCAACGGUAUUCCUGCCGCAGCCCGUGCAAAGCAAUCAAUAUGUCAGCGACACCCGUUCGCCACCUCUCUUCGCGGCCGGUCCUCGCCAAGGGCGAAACAACUCGUGGAGAACCAAUUCGCCUUGGCCAACCACGCCGUUCUGGUAGCUCGGUCAAUAGAGCGCGGACUUCACAUGCCUGUGACCGGUGUAGGAUCAUGCGCACAAAGUGCUCUGGGGGUGACCGUUGCACCAAGUGUGUCAAGGACAAUGCCUGGUGCGUAUAUGGGGACCGGAAAAGGGAACGCAACAAAAAAGACCUGGCCGAAAGUCUGGAUCGUAUUGAUCAGUUGAAAAGCGGUAGUCAGGUCUUGCUCACUGCACUGCGUUCCCUGGCCGCUGGGGAUGAUUUCAAUGCAGCCAGACACAGCGACAUUGUUGAUCUUCUGUCAAAGUAUGAACAAGAGCCGUGGGACAGUAGUCACGAUUCCAGCAGUCAAUCUAACACCAUGCCCGUACUUGGCGCGCACCCACCAGCAGUUCGAAAGGGCUAUCAUGGCGCAGAUGAAGGGUCUGUCUCAGGAGAGAGAACGGCGGCAUCAAGUGUCGGCUCUCCUGGGAAGCAAGGCGAAUUAGCUCAAGCGGUCGACCUUGAUGGCGGCUCUGGCGCUUCUGGCUUCAUUGGGAAGAUGUCGGAAAUGUCCUGGGUACGUCGUGCUUUUGAGGUAAACAGCCUUCAAGAAAGGCACAACGCAGACCUGCCGGAAAUUUCCAUGGGCGUGGUGGAUCACCGCCUCACGACGGCCAAAGACUUCUGUUUCUACAUGGACGAUGUCGAUGUCUUGGCUUGUGAUGAGGACCUCGUUGACCCGUACGAAUGGCCUCCCGGUGAAUCUGCUCUACUCCUGGCUGAGGCAUAUUUUCAUUCUAUGCAAGGCACCUUUCCAUUUGUUGUGAGGGAGACUUUUCUCCAUACUAUGCUCUCGUAUCCGCGCCAACGAAACAUGCCGACCUGGGCCCAGCGGCGCUGGCUGGCAUUGGCCAAUCUUGUCUGGGCGAUCGGGUCAAAAUAUCUGUACAUCACGAAGCUGGAUCAAUCUAGUCCCACAGAGUCUCAUUUGAUAUAUUAUGCCCGAGCACGUGCUCUGGGCCUCGAUCACCGGGUGGUUUUUGACCAUCCCGACAUUGAACGAGUCCAAGGGAUCGGUGUGCUGUCAUUUUACCUGUUGAUCAAUGGCUCUAUCACUCGUGCGUGGAACACCUUAGGACACGCAACACGCCACGCCACGGCUCUCGGUUUGCAUCUUAGGGUCUCGGAUCCUGACCUGGGUGGACUCGAACGAGCGCGACGCGCCCGGACGUGGUACUCGCUGUAUUGCCUCGAGAUCCUGAUCGCUGAGAUAACUGGACGACCAAAGUCCAUUUUCUUGCCCGAUGUGACGACUCCUGUGGAUUUGUUCAGCGAGGACCUCGAAGCCAUCUACUCAACCCAAGAAGACAAUUACAUGACUGCUGACGAAUCUCGAACGGUAUGGCUUGAUUUCUUGAGGGCGCGACGUGAAAUUUCUCAGGCAAUGACAGGUGGGAUGGUCCCUUGGACCAGCUUCCCAUACCUAGGUCAUGGGGUCUCGCAUCUCUAUUUUCCACACCGGGUGUAUCUAUGCCGCCUGAGCGACAAAAUCGCAACACAGUUAUAUAGCGGAACAUCCGAGGAUUCGUGGUCGCAAGUGCAACGAAAGAUUGGUGAGUUACAGACAGACCUGAGGCAUUGGGCGGAGAGCCUUCCCGAUGAGCUCAACUUGCAAAGUGAGACGACUGCAGUUUCCGACCCUCGUGCAAGAAUUGAGCUGGCCAUGUAUUAUCACAGCGUCCAGAUGAUUCUGCACCGACCCUGCUUGUGUGAGAUCACCAUCGAAAAUCAAUCCCUCGCAUCGCAAGAAUUCAACCGGAGUUCCGCCCGCGCUUGCGUGCAUGCCGCCAUGUCUUUGCUAGCCAUUAUUCCAGAUAACCCCAGUGCCCACGAGGCUUACCAGCUGCUUCCCUGGUGGUCAUUGCUUCAUUAUGUGGCACAAGCAACCGCAGUCUUACUGCUGGAGAUGGCACAUGGCUGUCAACAUUUUCGGGCUGAAGUUCCCGAAGUGGUUACCUACCUUCGCAAGGCUAUGGCUUACAUUUGGUGUAUGACCCAGGGGUCCCCGUCGGCGUUUCGAGCUUGGAGGAUGUUCAGAAAGCUGUUGUCAGGCAUUCAGGAGAAGGCUGGCAGAUAUGAUGCCAUCGACAUUCCUGAAAAUGCACCAAGGCCUACAAGUUGGACACACGAGCAUGAAGCUGCGGUAAUGAAGACCAUAUAUGCCUCGGAAAGGGAUCAAGAGCCAUGACCUAUCGGUAGUUGUUGGAUUCAACCCGUUCCCGGGACCAUGGCAGUGAGAGCCUCGGAUCUAAAUGCUUGCUGACCGAGAGGAUAGCAGUUGCUGCCACAAUGUCAAACAUUGAACGCGCACUUGCCUACCGUCGGUAUUGAAUGGUCAAAGCGAUUAUUUUGGCCUCUUGGGGGUUGUGACCUAGGUGGUACAAACCCCUCGCAAUCCCGCCGAGAGAACAUGAAGCUGUUUUGAGAAGGCUAUACAUCGACUAGGUCUGGAGAGGUUCGAAUCUGCGUAAACAAUUGAUGGGAGUCCGGAUGGUGAAACGCGGAUUGAUGAGAUUAUCGAAACUUGGCGCUGAUUGGCCAAUUUCUGAGAUACGCUAAGAUCAAAACACACUAUUCCGUUUUAGUAAAUAUCAACAUGGAAGUGUGUAUUGAAUAAAACAAUGCGCAGUUGAACGUGGAACUCCCCAACCUCAGCCUAGAACAAAAC